UAAUCACAGUGCUCUCCAGAUCUACAGUACUUUACUGUUUAUCACUUUAUGAUUUGCACUUUACAAAAUUGUCAAUGCAUGCAGAAAUAUUACCCCCAGAUUCUUACCAUAAACUGAAUCAGAUUACCGCUGAAAAUGGUUUUUAAAAAAAAGGUAUUUAGUCAUUUCCUGAGACUAAGAGGAAACACUCACUCAGGAAGUAAUGUGCCAAGAUUGACAAGCUGUGUUAUGAGAACUACUCAUCGACAUAAAACAUAUGCACAGAGAUCAUAUUAAUGCCACAAUGGAAGUUGAUUUGGCCUUGUUGAAGUCCACAAAAGGUCUACUGAAAAUAUCAGAAAUGGUAUGUGUUUUUGUGGCUUUUGUGUGUUAUGCAGUGGCAUCUAGGCCGGUCUACAUUGCAGCAACAUGCAUGGAGUUUUUCAUCACACUUGGUUUUCUUCUGCUUUACCUACUGAAACUCAACAAGAUGUUCACUCUCUUCUUCUGGCCUCUUAUUGAUGUGUUCAACUCAUUCUUUGCAGCUGCUCUGAUGUGUAUUCUUAGCCUGGUAGCAGUUUCCACAUACACAGUGAAGGGUACUUUGAGCGGAGGGAUCGUGGGCUUUGUGGCUGCAGCCUUGUGGUCCUUGGAUGGCUAUAUCCUUUUCAAAAAAAUCGCAUUCAACAAGCCAAGAACCACCACAGAGGCCCAAACAGGGUAAAGCUUUGCAGGACCAUCUCUCUCAUUUUGUGAGCAGACUUGUUUUGUAUAACCAAAAUAAGAUUGUAAAAUACUUAGUUAUAAUGUAUUCAUUAUUAUUAUUAUUAUUAAUAUUUUUAAUAAAUGGAGUUGCCACUCUGUCCUGUGAGAGAUCCCCCACAUUCUCUCUGUUCACUUAUUAACAGUCUCCAGAACCAACGCAUGGGAAUGCAUGUUGCUCUAAUAAGUGUGC